AUGGAUACUCCACGGACGGUGAAUCGGAUGCAAAGGCUUCCUUUAGGUACGCCUACUAUGUCCAAUAGCAAAAAAUCACUCUUCGGAAAAGAUGUGGAAGAUGAAGCCGAUAUUGGACCAAUGACACCGCUUCGGUUUGGUAGUCUUCGAAGGAAUCAGAGAAGAUCUAACAAUGCCCUCAGUAACAUCACGUCAUUUCGUAACUUGUUCGGUAAUGAAUCACCGGACAGUGAGCGAUCGUUGUCGCCGGAUUUUGAGCGACGGUACACGAACAAUGGGCGAUACGAGCUGGUAUCCGCGGACUUUGACAAGGAAAAUAUGGCACACGCUGUCGAUGAAGAAACGCGCUUCUCGUUCAGCAGCAGCAUCCCGGAAACACCGAGCAGUCGUCUCAGUGCAGAGGAGAGUGCGGUACUCGAUGAAAAUAAUUCCAACUCCCUCUCAAUGCUUAUGAACUCGGAUCUGAAUCUCGUAGAAAAACGUGCCAAAACGCUACACCGUACACCGGGCGUAACGACACGAAGUCAUGCCACAAACAAGACCACUCAACGAUCGGUGGAUCCUUGCCUGCGCAGGACGCAGCAGCAGCAUCUUCAGGGUGUGAAAAGAGCACAUACUGGAACGCCGGACAACAGUUCGCAAUCUCCAUCGUACGCCGAAAUCGAAAGGAGUGCAGCAAAACGGCCCAACACACGAGCCCGAACGGCUUUGCAGUUCAACGAUAUUCUACCGAUACCUACGAAAUCGUUCUACUCAUCUGCUCCUGCAGAAAAAAAUACUCCCGUUAAGAUACACGCACCGAUAUCGUCGAAAUCGUUUUAUGCAUCUGCCUCAUCGCAGCCACAAACGAUCGCGAUCUCAGACCACUUGUCGCCGGAAAACGAGCGCUCCGUUUCAACCACGCACGAAUCUCCGUCAGCCAAACACGCAUCUACUUCAAAAACGCCCCGUAAAGCAACGUCCGUGCGUAAGCGCACCAAAUCGUUCUCGUCCAAUGCACCCCGGCUAGGCCAACGCGGCACAGUGCACAAGAUUCGGAAGCCAGUGAAAAAAACUGCCGAAUCGCAAACACCGAAGAAAAGAGGCUCACGUAAUCAACAAAAAAAUCGUGCCAUUGCCGGUGGUACGAAAAGUUGUCCUACGACACCGAAAAGCGGGAACGACACGGUGGAACCCGAACAUGAUGAGAUGUUGCACCGGUUGAAGCAUGUUAAUCGCAUACUUCGGCAGGGUCAGAAAAAUUUAACUCGUGCCCUAUCGAUGACGGAUUUGAGUAAAGGUGCGCUAUCCUGCGAAGAAGAUGCUAACUCAUCUUCGUCGGAAGAUGAAGAUUCAGGGUCCGAGCAGGAAGCUGAGGACGGAAACGGAGAUACGGGCAAGCGAAAAUUUUUCCGCUCGAGUCGAAAAUCUCGUUCGAUUCGUCGAGUGUACAAUCAUUUCAAUUCAAUCGCGAUAGGCGUACAGAAAGGUGGCAAACGGAAGGUGCUUAGCUUUCCGCAGGCUCCCAAGCGUCGUCGUAUCGGGUUCGAGCAGGAUGAUUUUAACUUUGAAAACGAACAGCUAGAAGUGGAUGAUUUGAUUAGCAAACUGGAUUAUGGUGAUGGAUGCGAAAAGUUGGAUUGCGACUCGGAAAGCCGACACCAUGUAGCCAUGCAGGACCAAAAUGAUGAAGAUGAUGAACCGAUACCGAUCCAAUCUAAUGUCAUCUACCUUUCUGCGGACGAUGAAUUCGCUUUAGAAAACAAUUGUGUUGAGCAAAGUAUGCAGCAUCUAGAACCGGACCAUACGAAUGGGAGUAUUAUUAUACAUCACAGUGAGGCGGAAGGUCCUGUGGACAUCGUAGAAGAUGAUGAAUCCGUUUUACAUUCGUGCAGUUAUGACACCUUCCCAGCUGUUGGAGAGCAAUAUACUGGUUUUAUAGCGAACAGCAGUACAAUCAUUAUACAACACAACGAGUAUCACAGUUCAUCGACGAGUUAUCAAAAUGAUAGUUCUAUAUCCACAACGAUCAUGAACAGCUCAACAGUGUCACAAUGCCACUAUCAAUCCCAGUGCCAAGUGGACGACACCACACAAACGACCGCUAACCAAGAGGCAAAUGCAUAUUACCCCAUUUUCUAUUCCGAUCGUGUAAAAGAACUUUGGCGACAGGAACGGCAACAAACGGCCACCGAGUCAACGCAAACCGAUGUGUUUCAGUUGCUGCGUCAGCAAGAUAAUCACGGUCGGGGGGCGAAAUCAAACACCCAAAGGCGACACGGUGUUGGCCACGACCAGUAUCAGAUCGAUGCCGGGCAGCAAGCGUACGGUGCGAUACGAUGCAAAGAGUGUGGCCUUACGUACUCGACACACGAACCGGAAGAAGAGCAAUUCCAUGACGCGUUUCAUCGUUCGCAAGCGAAGCUAACAUUCACCGGCGGACAAAACGAGCACGUGGCAGCGCAAGUACCGGAAUGGGAUGUUACCGGCCGGAUUAUUGUUGUAUCGCAAACGGACAGUAACAAACACCUGCUCAGGAAGAUACACGGCGUCCUGGAGGUGGUGGACAGUGAGCUUGGUUUUUCCACACAGGGCGAACUGCCGGAAGGUGCUUGCGUCUAUCUGGCCAUCGCUCGGUCCACCGUGCUGGGCAUCUGUGUCGUGCAGCCGCUCCAGUACGCUAACCGAAUGAUCUGUCUCGAAGGGCUGCACGGUGUACCGAUCGAUUGCUACUCGUCCGAGUUUUAUCCAGCUAGAUGCGGCAUAUCACGCCUUUGGGUAGCGCCAAAAUACCGUCGGCUCGGAAUCGGACGCAAACUGUUGGGUGCCAUCCGGCACCACUAUAUAUUCGGCUACACCAUGACGUUGGACGAGAUUGCUUUCGGUGCACCGACAGAAAUGGGUAAACUGUUUGCGGAAGCUGUCAGUGGACGGAAAGAUUUUCUCGUUUACAUUUAA